AAUAGGCCUUCGCUCGGACAGAGAUGGAAUAUCCCAAAAAUAUAAAAGAACGCUGACGAGCUGUUGAAGGUGCGCUCCGUCAAUUGACUGUUUAUUGAUUCCACCUUCACCUCCAACUCCACCCACGUCCCACGUGCUCUCUCUCUCCUCAAUUCCCACUCAUCGAUUGAGUUGUGAAAUCGAUUAAUUGGGAGAGAAGAAGAAGAAAAAGACGAGAGUUUUGCGAACAGAGACGGCCCGACAAAACGCCAAGAACGAUCCCGGCAUCGUCAAUGAUUGUUUGAACGGCGAAAUCGGUCACAAGACGGCUUUCAACGUGAUUUUUCGAUAGAUGGGUCUGCGUCGACGACGACCGCGGGGGUAUUGAGCCAUGAAAGGCGUCUCUUCGGCGCCCGGCGAUUAUGUCCACUUCAAGUCUCAGGUCCCUCUUCACAAGAUCCCCAUUGGCGUAAAGCAAUGGAGAUAUUACGAUUUUGGUCCAAAAGUGGUGCCACCACUUAUUUGUCUUCCUGGCACAGCAGGAACGGCAGAUGUCUAUUACAAGCAGGUCAUGUCUUUGGCAAUGAAGGGUUAUCGGGUGAUUUCUGUUGAUAUUCCACGUGUUUGGAACCAUCACGAAUGGAUUCAGGCAUUUGAAAAGUUCUUGGAUGCUAUCGACGUUCAUCAUAUACAUCUUUAUGGCACCUCUCUGGGAGGCUUUCUAGCACAACUAUUCGCUCAACAUCGUCCCAGGCGGGUCAGAUCAUUGAUUUUAUCCAAUACAUUCUUGGAAACGCAGAGCUUUUCUGCUGCAAUGCCAUGGGCUCCGAUUGUCAGCUGGACCCCUUCUUUUUUGCUUAAGCGCUAUGUAUUAACUGGGAUUCGCGAUGGCCCUCAUGAACCAUUCAUUGCUGAUUCAGUCGACUUUGUCGUCUCUCAAGUUGAGACUCUCUCCAGGGAAGACUUAGCCUCCAGGUUAACUUUGAUGGUUGAUGCUGCUUCAGUUGGAUCUCUUCUGCUGUCAGAUUCAUUUAUCACCAUAAUGGAUACAAAUGACUAUUGUGCAACUCCUCAAAACCUAAAAGAUCAAGUAAGUGAGAGGUAUCCCGAAGCAAGAAGAGCACACCUGAAAACUGGAGGAGACUUUCCCUUCCUUUCUCGCCCAGAUGAAGUGAACUUACAUCUUCAGCUACAUCUCAGACGAGUUGGGGUUGAAGCUCGGCCAGACUUGGUUCGAGGAGCCAUGGCUGUGACAGCUGUCAGUGCCAGCGACAGCACUAAUCAAUGCGGAGAUCCUGUUAAUGUUUCCAAGGACAAUGAGGAAAAGUCUCCUCCUUCCUCUGAAAAUCGAUCACCUCCAGAUGAAGAAGUGACAGAGACUUAUGAUUUUGGAGAAAAGCAGGAUACAGAUGAACAUCCAGCUCAUGAGACGAUGGGAACUCAUAGUUUUGAAGAAAAGCAAGAUUCAGAUGAUCAUCCAGCUCAGGAGAUGAUGGGAACUCACAGUUUUGAAGAAAAGCACUCUACCGAAGAAAAUCAGCGAGUUGAACCAGAGCCACUUGAGGUGUGAUAGAGGAGCUGGCAUACCUUCUUUUUCCCCCCAGUGUUUUCAGUUCUUACUUUGUUUCAAGCCACAAGCUUUCGGCGCACUGUCAUUUGUUAGAUUCAUGGACAAUCGGGUCGCAGUUUCAGCGCACCAGUGUCAAAGAUGGCGUAUGGAGAUAGAGAUUCAUCAUAAAGGGAAGUUGUAGAAAACAGCAGAAGUUUGUGGAUGGUGUUAAGCUGAAUUUGAGCUGUUGAGCAAUUGAUAUUCAAAUUGAUGCUUUUGACUGAACAUCCUCAUGGAGUGGUGAAUUGCCAUCUGCUGAGAGCUGUUGAAGUACACAUUGACAAUCAUUGCAUUUGUUUCUGCUCAUUGUACAUUUCGUGACUUCUUGCUGUGGAAGUAAAAGACUGUAAAAUUUUGAAAGCUUCGAGCAUUCUUGUUUGUAUAAUAUGAACAGACAGGGUUCUUGUUGGUAA